GAAUGACAUCUGAAUUGAAAACAGUUAUUCCCAAGGACAGUCAUUGACUUUAUACCGACAAAUAGACAUUCCUCUGUCUUAAUUUUUUUGUGCUGUCGUCUAGUGAAAAUGUCACCCUGGAGAUGAUGAUGACUCUCCCUCUACUCUGAAUCAUCUGAGGGCAGAACCAGAAGAAAUGGGCUUUAGAUGUACCAGGAGGAUGUUAGGUUACAGCCAAGAAAGAACUGUCUUUGGAGGUCUUUAAAGGACAGAUGUCACCACAUUUGCUUCGGGUGUGAGGGUUGCAGAAUCAACUCCAUGAGAUGGAGGGGCUGGUGACUCUGGGUCCCACUUUGUAGAAGGGCAGAGCAGGGACCUUGUCCUGUGGGAUUUAGUCUCAGCUCUGCCAGGAAGCCUUGGAACCUAAAACGACAGUUCCCAUCAGGCAGCCGUUUCCUGCCCAGAGUUCGUGGGCUGUGAGCGUGGUUGCAUGGCAAUGGCGAGGCCUCCGUGGGCCUGUGCUCACCCCUCACUGCAGGCAGUCCCUGCAGUCACUCACCUUGGGGCUGAGUAGAGUGGAAGGAAAGACCCUUGAGGAGGGCUGAGGAUGGAAGAGAGGAUGGGAAGAGAACAACCACCCAGGAGUGUUGCCCAUUUUCUGCUGCCACCUACGCGUGAUGGGCCAAGGCUCUGACUGGGCAGGCCUGGCUGGCCACAGCAUUGUUGGAGAUACUAUUUCCCUGUUUCCCCACUUCCCUCCAGCCCAGGUGCGGCCUAGGACCCAGAGCCUUCCGUCCCAGCUAUCCCAAAAGGAGCUCAAAGCCAGGCUGGUGAAGCCUUGUUCUGGUACAACCAUGCUCAACACCUGCUCUGAGCCUACCCCUAGCUUGGGGCUUGUGACUUUGCCAUUCUGUGCCAGAGUGGGGCCGGGGGCAGAGGGUGGGUGGAAGGGUCUGGUCUCACCUGCCUCAUCCUAGUGGUGGAGAUCAAGGCCUCCGAAGGUGGGCUCCCAUCCUCUGGGGUGGUGGCAUUUUCUGACUCCAGAGGGGGUCUCGGGCCUCAUCCCACUUGUGGGGAGGCUGAGAGGUGGUGCUCCCAGUUUUAGACCCACAAUGGCUGAAAGGCACAGACCUACUCAUAUUUCCAUCAUGGAGUUUUAGAGCGGCAAGUCUGGAUCCCUUCAGGUUACAAAUGCAGAAACGGAGACCCAGGCAAGGGCAGUCCCUUCCUCCUCCAGGGUCGCUCUGGUUAGAGGAGCUUGGAGCCCCAGUUUCUAGACUCUGUCAUCAUUCUGCUCCCAGUCCUCAAAGAAUGACAGAACAUGCCUUAAGUACCUACUAAGUGCAGGAGUCUUUGCAGGCUGCUGGAGUUGCAAAACAGCUGCCCUCAAGAGCUUUUUGCCAAACAUGUGAACUCCAGGGCAGCAGGCAGUUGCUGGCUUUGUCUCCAGACUCUGUGUACUUGAUAAGAUGCUCCCCUCUUCAUCAUCCAGUGGGGGCAAGGAGCCCUGCGGGAGGAAGCAGGGUCCAAGUGUAGCUCUGUGGUGGAAAGAUCACAGAUGAGAAGGCCAGAGAACCUGUGUCCCCUAAAGAAAAGGGGGUGCGAAGGACCCUCCUUCCCCCUGCCUUUUGAUUCCCCUUGAGGUCUUGAGCUUCAUCUCGUACAGCCUCUAAAGCUGAACCUUCUCUCUUUUUAAAAGGACCCCUGACUGCCCCAUUUCCUGACCACCACCCUCCAUCCCAUGGUCUCCCCAGUUUCCUUUGUUGCUUCAGUUCCGAUUCCGGUACCCUGGUUCCUGGCCCUGCCAGAGUUCUGGUUCCAGAAGGCACCUCCCAGGUGCCUUGGGCCUGCCUCCCACCCGGGCACAAGGCAACGCUGAAGACAUGGGCAAGAGCAUCCCCCAAUACCUGAGGCAACUGGACAUCCGCAAAUGCGUAGUGAGCCUGGCCACAGGCGCCGGGGCCAUCUACCUUAUCUACAAGGCCAUCAGGGAAUGCAUAAAAUGCCAACCACCCCUCUGUUCCAACUCGCCUGUCUGUAUCGCUCGUGAGUGUCCGGGCCCUGGGGAGAGGGCUCUACCCCAGGAGGCACCUGUUCCCGAGGCCUCCGAUGUGGGAGAGCCCAAAGGCCUGGCAAUCGAGCGAGAGCGGCAUGGGCGGGACUCAGGUGAGCUCCGGAGGCUUCUCAACUCUUUGGAGUGCAAACACGAUGAGUACGCCAAGAGCAUGAUCCUGCACAGUAUCACGCGCUGUGUGUACUUGCUGGAGGCUGAGGCCUCUGCUUGUACUACCGAUGACAUCAUGUUGGUGGGCAGCAUGCUGGAUGACGAGGACAACAGUGUCAAAAUCCAAGCUCUGAACUCACUUAAAGCUUUCUCUGGCAUCAGAAAAUUCAGGCUCAAAAUCCAGGAACACACCAUCAAAGUCCUGGAACUGAUCUCCACCAUCUGGGACACGGAGCUGCACAUUGCGGGCCUCAGACUGCUCAACAACCUCCCGCUGCCUGACUAUGUGCAUCCGCAGUUGCGACGGGUGAUGCCCGCCUUGAUGGAGAUCCUGCAGUCAGACUGCAUCCUGGCACAGGUGCAAGCCGUACGGUUGCUGAGCUACCUGGCACAGAAGAACGACCUCCUCUAUGAUAUUCUCAACUGCCAGGUGCACCCCAACUUCCUGAAUCUGUUCCAGUCCACCCAGCCAGGGAGUCUCCUGUUUGAGGUACUGGUGUUUGCUGAGCGGCUGAGUGAGGGCCGGAAUGCAUCCCAUUACCGCGCCGUGAAAUGGCAUUACAACGAGCAGUCUCUGCACGAAGCCCUCUUCGGGAAUGAGUCACGCCUGGCAGACCGACUGCUUGCUCUGGUCAUCCACCCCGAGGAGGAUGUUCAGAUCCAGGCCUGCAAGGUCAUAGUCAGCCUGCAGUGCCCUCCGAACUUGGGAGUCCGGCCCUCCUGCCAGGCCAGUCAUUCCUACUUUAAAAUCGGGGAAUAAAAUUAUGGAGAGCCAAUAAAUGAGUAUGGACAGAAGCUUGAAGCUUCUUAAA